GACAUCCUCCUCAAAAAAAUUGUUACAAAGUUAUGGUUCAUUUUGACCGACUUAACGAUGUCCAUUUAGUGCGUUAUGAUUGGAAGGUUUCUGUUAAGAUCAUAAGGAAAUGGAACAAGAGAGAUGACGACAUUUUCACCUCUGGACUGGGUGACAAGAUGCAAGCAACAAUAAGUGACAACCUUGUUCACCGGUUAUGCAUACAUAAAGGGAUCGAGGAGGAUGAGUGGAAAACCAUUUUAAAUUUCAAGGUUGAAGUCGAGAGUUCCGGUGUGAAGGUUGUAGAUACUAACUACCGGAUCAAAUUCACUACAAACACAAUUCUUGAAAACAUUGAUAGCUUAUUGAACAAUCAAUUCAUGGACUACCAAACCUUAGACAAGAUUAAUGAUGGAUGGUCUGCUCUGGCCAACAUCUUCUGCUUAGAUACGAUGUGGGAAAUAGUCCGCGUGGAACCAAUGAUACAUGUUGAUGAUCCAACUGCUGUUCGUUAUAACGAAAAGAUCUGAUAAUUUGGUUUUCAAUGAUGAACCUAGAGUGAGACAUUUUAAUCGAUUAUUAGUUUUUUACAUUUAUUAGAUUAUUGUGAACCCAAGAAAUUGAAUGUCUUUUGACGGCUAAAUAUUAAUGUUACUGUUUUUAGUGGUCAUGGGUUGCAAUGUGUCGCGUACAAUGUAGCAGCUGAUUUCUUUGGUAAUCAUUGGUGGCCUUCUGCUUACAAACCAUUUGUUGCAGUCUUGCGUUUUUGGAGGACUAAGUUUAAAGAUAGAUGUUAUAUUUCUU